AUGGCGGAACCUGUGUCUGCAGCUGCUGCUCAGCCUAAUGCUCCGGAAGAAGACGUCAACGCAAACGAUGACCAAGCCAUGGUUGAUGCUCAAAACCCUACAGAGCCUUCGGACUCUGGAUCCGAGUCCGACUCCGACUCUGAGGAUGAAGUACAGGCCAAAUCGCAGAUUGAGGCGCUCGAAGCUGCGCUGAGAGAUAAUCCAUCCGAUUACGAUUCACACGUCCAAUAUAUUAAAAUUCUGCGGAAGCAAGGUGAAAUAGAGAAGCUGCGACAAGCAAGAGAAACAAUGAAAUCGUUAUUUCCUUUGAGUCCCCAAAUGUGGCAGGAAUGGGCUAAAGAUGAGACUACGCUGAGCUCUGGAAUGGAGGCAUCUCCUGCUGUUGAAAAGCUGUAUGAACAAGGGGUUUCCGAUUAUCUGUCUGUCCCCUUAUGGUUUGACUAUUUAAAUUUUGUCCAAGAACAUGAUCCAUCUGUCCGUGAAUGUUCUGCCUCUGGCAUAUCAAAGGCAAGAAAUCUCUUCGAGCGUGCUCUCACUGCCGCUGGGUUGCAUGUUGCUGAAGGUCACAGAAUUUGGGAAUCCUACAGGGAAUUUGAGCAAGCUAUUCUUUUCACCAUUGAUGAGACCGACUCUGGGGCAAGAGAAAAGCAGAUCCAGCGGAUACGAAAUUUAUUUCAUCGUCAGUUGUCUAUUCCCCUUGCUGACUUACAAUCAACUCUUUUUGCUUAUAAGGCCUGGGAAGCUGAUAAUGGGAGUUCAAAUGAUAUUAGUAGUAGUGAUUUGGAUGGUCUUCCAUCUCAUGUUGUUUCUGUGUAUCAAAAGGCAGUAGAAAUGCUGAAUGCUCGUGCCAAUUUUGAAGAAAGAAUUUCUAAGAAGGAUAAUGAUUCAGAAAAGCUUCAAGAAUUCACGGUCUACUUGAAAUUCGAGCACUCGUCUGGAGAUCCAGCCCGCAUACAGAUCUUGUAUGAACGUGCUAUAGCUGAUUUUCCUAUUUCUAGUGAUCUAUGGGUUGAGUACACCCAGUACCUGGAUAAAACAUUCAAGACUGCCAAGAUUGUGAGGGACGCUUAUUGCAGGGCCACAAGAAACUGUCCAUGGGUAGGAGAUUUGUGGGUUCGUUAUUUACUCUCGUUGGAACGGGGUCAAGCUUCUCAGGAAGAGUUAUCAACUGUAUUCGAAAAAUCACUGCAGUGCACUUUUUCAAGCUUUGACGAGUACUUGAAUAUCUUUCUUACAAGAGUAGAUGGGCUAAGGAGGAUGAUAUGUGCGUCUAAGGAAGCGGAGGAAAGCAAGGAUUAUGUAGUUAUAAGGGAUAUCUUUCAGCGUGCAGCAGAUUACUUGACCCCACAUCUUAGCAACACAGACAGUUUACUCCGCAUGCAUAGUUAUUGGGCUCGUUUAGAGUUCAAAUUGGGCAAGGAUUUGAAUGCAGCUCGUGGUGUCUGGGAAAGCUUGCUUAAAAAUAGUGGGUCCAUGCUGGAAGCUUGGCUAGCUUAUAUUGCUUGGGAGAUCGAGAUGGGCCAGAUUAAUGAAGCCAGAUCUCUCUACAAGCGAUGCUACAGUAAAAGAUUCUCUGGGACUGGAUCAGAGGACAUCUGCCAUUCGUGGGUGCGGUUUGAGAGAGAAUACGGCUCAUUGGAACACUUCGAUAUUGCAUCUCAGAAGGUGGCUCCUCGCAUUCAAGAGCUGCAACAAUUUAGGUUGCUGCAAGAGAGUAAAAAUGUUGGCCUGGCUACGAAUGAGAAGGGAAAUAUUUCAAUGAAAAAUCCCCAUGAGAAGAGAAAACCAACUUCGAGCUCAGUAAAUGAACAGCCUCCAGCCAAGCGUAAAAAAAAUACGUUGCAAAACCCAAAGAAAUCAAAUGAGAGAAAUAAAGAACAGGCAAGGCACUCAGCUGAAGAAAGUGAAGCUGUUGAAAAAGAUGGGAAAAAAGCAGAGAGUAGCAGCCAGGGCAUAAAGCAUGAACCCUCUAAAAAACCUAUUACAUUCAAUGAUCAAUGCACAGCCUUUAUUUCUAAUCUAAACCUCAAGACCACUGAGGAUGAUCUUUAUAAUUUCUUCUCUGAUGUUGGUGGAGUUGUUGAUGUUCGAAUAGUGAAGGACAAGUUCACCAAAAAAUCAAGAGGAUUAGCAUAUGUAGAUUUCUCGGACGAUGCACACCUUAAUGGGGCUUUGGAGAAGAACAAACAGACCCUGAUGGGCAAGAGAUUGAGCAUUUUAAAGUCGGAUCCCCAGCAAGGCAGAAAGAAAAAAGUUGCUGGACGUAACAAUAGAGCAGAGCACGGUAAUGCUGUUAAACAAAUUGGUGUUUCUGGGAAAGAACCGUCCAUUGCCAAGCGUGGUGAAGACAUCCAGCUCAAGGGUAAGAACACAUUUGCUGUGCCAAGAAACGUGAAACCUCUCGGCUGGAGCGCACGCACCAAACCUGUGCCUGAUGGAACCGACUAG